AUGGAGACCACUGAACCUCUACAGGAUAUCAUGUGUGAGUUUCGUGCCGGUAAGAUGUCUCGUGAGGGAACACGAGUGGUUCCAGACACACGCAAGGGUCUUGUCCGUGUUGGGAGGGGUGAAGAAGGCUUAGUCCAUUUUCAGUGGCUUGAUCGUGGACAGAACAUUGUUGAAGAUGAUCAAAUCAUCUUUCCUGAUGAGGCAGUGUUUGAGAAGGUCACAGAAUCUUCUGGAAGGGUUUACAUCUUGAAGUUCAAGCAUGACAGCAGAAAAUUCUUCUUCUGGAUGCAGGAACCAAAUGCUGAUGGGGAUGCCCAGACUUGCAUGCAAGUUAAUGCCUACAUAAAUCGACCAUUAGAUGCUGAGGCUGAUCUUCGAGUACCUAUUGAAGCAGAAAUGUCUGAAGAUACGGCUGAUGAUGAUAUCUCUUCCAGAGCUGGGAAUUUAGUUGAGAGCAUGACCGCUGAUUUGGCUGGUGAAGUGACGUCUGCUGCUGGACCUGUACGCUUGGAGGAUCUGCAGAGAAUUCUGAGUGCAAUACAGCCAUCAGGUGCUGCAUCUUCUGACCCUGAUGCUGGACUAGGACUAGGAGACAUCUUGAAGCCUGAUUUGGUCUUGCCAUUAAUUGAGAACUUGCCCAUUGAACAAUUAGCAUCACAUCUUCCAGAGGGCUCAUGGACUCCUGGUGAUAUCGUUGAGCUUCUCCAAAGUCCUCCUUUGCGCCAACAAUUAGAUGCAUUCACCCACGUUCUACGGACUGGGCAGAUAGAUCUUGCUCAAUUUGGAGUUGACCCCAGCAAAUAUAAGUUCACGGUGGCCUCAUUCCUGGAGGCAUUGGAAGACUCGGUUGGAAGAGGUGCCUCUGAAGCUGGAGACAAGGAUGCAGAGGCCCAGCGAGGCAGUGGGAAUGAUGCCAUGGACGAGAGUUGA